AUGGUCAGGGACUUUGGGUUCUUGAGAAGUCGUCUGCUCUUGAUGCGCGAACUAGAACUUGCGUAUCUCGAGGAGAAGAUUCUCAAAUUGGACGAUCAAGUACAUGCGGCUGAGGAAACAGGCUUGAUGUCAUGGCAUUUGGAAGCCCAGCAAGAGAAGCCAGGGGAGUUGGCUGCACUUCUUGACACUGUAGCCACGAAGCUGAAAGACUAUGGUAAUACCCGUUUCUCAUCUGUUCUCCGCUUCGCUUUGCUAAUGCGGACGCAUCCAGAUGACCUCGUCCAGAGAUCUAAAUCCUAUCUAGCUCUGCGACCACCUCCCAAGAAAAGACUCGCUGAUGUGAAGAUAUGGCUGGAUAACGAAAGACCCAUGCUUCAAGACGAGUGCGAAGAUCUCUUGUACGCAGAUGAUUACGUCUCAUUGAAGGAGGGCGACGGUGACGAGUAUCUCGACACCUUGCUCGGCAGCAUCCUGAAUCGUCUGCCCCAGAAUAACCCCUUCGUCGGCAAGGCACAAAAACAAAAGGUCGAUGACGGCUACCUCACGAUCCGCAGCGGUACCCGAAUCAAUUUCCUGAUCCGCCUCCUCCUCACUCUCAUCACCGCCGCUACGAUCAUCGCUCCUGCAGCGAUUCUGCCCGCUGUCAAGGAACGCAGGUGGCAAUUGCUCAUCAUACUUGGCUUUACUAUGGCGUUUUCUGCGGUGCUGAAUAUGACGACUCGUGCAACCCGUCUGCAGCAACUCACGGCUUACUCUGGUAGGUCACGUUUUGGUUUGCUUGAUUUCAUCGUUUGCCUGAGCUAA